CUUUACCUGUCCACCAUCGGUAUCCCUAGCUGCACGACCACGGAACAAUCUCGACGACACCCAUACUAACCUCGACCAUCUAGCUUCAGCCAUUGAUGGGCACGACUUCCGAUCCUUAGCUCCUGGUGACGCAUUUAGUUGAGACUACAAUUCUCUUGCCUGCUUUCGCACUAUCGACCCACCACUUACACGCACUAACCGGCGGAUGAUGCACCAAAAGAUGAAAUUCAAUGUUACUAUAGUGACUUGUUUGACACUAUGGACCAAUGUUGCAGACGCUUUCUGGCGUCUGCCUUGUCGCGGACGGAGUGGUGUGGCUCGGAUUGAUCCCAUAAUGGCACCGGGAACACCAUCAGAUCAUGUACACGUAGUUCAUGGCUCGGGCGGAUUCUCAAUGUCAGCCAACGAGGCCAGCCUUAGGCAAUCGAGUUGUACGUCCUGCGCAGUCACUCAGGACAAGUCGGCAUACUGGGCGCCCGCCUUGUACUUCGUGCAUCAGAAUGGCGAUGCAGAACUCGUCAAUGAAGUCGGCGGUAUGCUGGCCUAUUACCUUCUAAAUGGCGAUAACGUGACGGCGUUCCCUGAUAAUUUUCGCAUGAUGGCAGGAGACACAUACUUGCGUGACUUCCCCUGGCCAGUUCCCGAUCCUCCGCAAGCAGAGUGGACUGGAGAUGAUCUAUCGCAAGAAGCUCUUCGUCAGAAAGCUGUCGGGUUCAAUUGCUUGAACUAUGAAAAAGACCCCGAGCCCUCGCUCGCGCGUCAUUUCCUUCCGAACAAGACAUAUUUGGAUGAGCACUGUACUCAAGGCGUUCGGUUUGAAUUGAUGUUCCCUUCGUGCUGGAACGGGAAGGAUGUCGAUACACCGGAUCAUAAGUCUCAUCUGGCCUAUCCGUCCCUCGUCAUGGACGGAAAAUGUCCCAAGGGCUUCGAGCAUCGCCUUGUUUCACUUUUCUACGAAAAUAUCUGGGACACAUAUGCCUUUAAAAGUAAGAAAGGCGAUUUUGUACUUGCGAAUGGAGACCCCACAGGUUACGGGUACCAUGGUGACUUCAUGUACGGCUGGGAGUCGAAUGUGCUCCAACAGGCGGUAAAUACAUGCACAAACAUGUCUGGAGAGGUGUCAGACUGUCCAAUCUUUAACCUCCAGAGCGAUGAGAAGCAGGGAGAGUGUCGCUUUUCUGUGCCAGAUGCUUUGAAAAAUGAGGAUGUGAACUACCAUAAGGGUGGUCUUCCGAACAACCUUGUUAUCCAAUCUGGACCUGCCUAUGCUAGCCCAGUUAGAUAUUCCACCACAACAACCACCACCACUGCCGCCGGUGGCCACGGGAGACCAACGCCAGUCAUUAUUGAUGAUCUACCGAAUGUUGGAGUUGGCAUUGACCUCGGGUUCUUGUCCGCAGGUCUUCACGUGGCCCUGCCAGGCCUCACAACUUCCUCACCCACCACGGCAAAGGCCUGGGAGCCGACUGCACCCCCCGUGGUGGUGGAAGCUCCUCCUGCUCACCCGACUACUGCCCCAGCUACCCACGCACACACGGCUGUUGAAGCACCGUUAGUCUCGGCUACCUCAACCACAUCAGCUGCCCAAGUUUCGAUCCCCAGUACGUUUUCCACAUCAGGGAUUUCGACUGUGUCAAUCAGGCCUUCAUCCUUGGCAUCCUCAUCAGUAACGCCUGUACUUUCGACUAUGGCGGUCAAGUCCUCAACGCUACUUGCUUACAGUCAAGCGCUUUCUUCAAGUGGGGUGUUUGCCAAACCGUCAGCCGUGGUUCCUCCACUCUCGACUGACUUGGCGACAACGAUCGCCAAACCUUCAAUCAUCAUGUCUUCUGCAGUGUUGGGUGUAUCUUCAAGCAUUGCAGACCCGUCUCCACCCAGCUCCUCGGCUAUAACGCAAUCCUCAGCUUUGUUCGCGGCGUCAUCUCCAGUCGUGGCUUCUUCAUCUGAUGCCAGCAAGUCUUCGGUUUUAAAUCCCUCAGAACCGAAAAGCAGUCUAGCUAUGGUUGCCAUGUCUUCCACCCCGCUUCUGUCUUCGAUGUUGAAUCCUCCCAGUACCGUUUCGAGUUCUCAGGCCAUGUUGGCUUCUUCCUCGAUCGCUGCGUUGGCUACAUCCACCACAUCCAAACCUCUCAUACCUACUCCGAGCCCCACAACUUCCGCCUCUCAGACUGUCAUGUCUGCAGCAUUGCUGGCGUCUUCUGCGGCCCCUGAGUCCACAAAGAGCAUAGUUGCAUCCUCAACCCAAGCCCCACCUUCGACAACGAGUAUUCUUUCAGUCAAUACUGCCUUGCCGGUUUCAAGCACCUUCGCUGUAGCAGCUAAACCUCCGGUGUUGGCCACGCCUUCGUCGACGAGCGUCCCCCUGAUCAAGACUGCUGCUCAAACAUCCAGCGCAUCUGAGAUGGUUUAUGAGCAGACUACACUCACUUCUACAAGCAGUACACCCGUGAUGGCUUCCCCAUCAGCAUCAAGCACAUUCGCGAUAGCCGCCAAGCCAGCUGUAACAACUUCCACGGCUACCAGCGCACCAUUGAUCAAGUCCGCCAUAUCAUCAAGUACUUCUCCAUCGGUUGCGAAGUCAAAUGCUGUCACUCGUACCACCAGUACUGCAUUGAUCAAAACGACUACUUCGGUAUCCAGUACUCUUGCGAUGACUCCUAGGCCUUUGACCGCUGCUUAUCAGGCAGCGGAAUCCUCGACUUCAGCUCUUCUCGCAAGCGAUGAUUGGGAACAAAUCACUACAUGGUCGCCACCCUCGAGCACCUCAUCUGCCGACACUGUUUCCUCCACAAGUGUUGUAUAUGUGGAGCAGGAAAUCAUAGUCCUCGUGGACGAUCAAGGUGUCCCCAUCGAGACGCAAACUGGGUCCUUGGCAACACCCUCAAAACCCACUUCCAGUGUCAUGAGUGGCAUGUCCAGUGGUGUCACCGCAUCCGAAAGACCUCGUUGGAAGCGCGAUGGCAUUCAUAGGCAUGCUUACAAGCACUUACGACACGGUCACUCCCACUAACUAGGAGUAGUCACCAUUCCGCUGGUUUGUUCGGGGUGGUCCUGUGACUUUGUUGAAUUCCGGAUAUACUUCUUUGUCCUUUCUUUCACUGUCUCUGCGACGGUCCAAUAUCGUCAAAAUUAUGAUGUAUAUGUUAGAUUUUUUAGCUUACAUCCUCGAGGGAUUGUUUGAACUAUAGUUAACUGUCGCUGUCUCUGGAAGAGGCGCGGGGUUGAUUUCUGUGGAAUAUAUUGAAUGAAGCUUACUGGAGAAGUCCAGUCGCGAUUGUUACUUCACUCGCUCCGCCAUUCCUGUUUCGACGAUUGUCACUAGACGUGAGGGGUCCAUCACCUCUGGCACUACAGUAGUCACCACCUUCACUACUCUAUGUGGCCUUCUUAGCCACGAUCUUUCGAACUAGAAGAUGAAGGCAGCUCUGUAGUGGUGAAGUGGUGACUGCAACACAUUGGUUUUUCUCGGUAUCUCGGAUACAUUCAAAUCUCCAA